AUGAGCAACAUAUAUAUUCAAGAACCACAUACGAGUGGAAAGAUCAUUCUCCAUACCACAUCGGGUGAUAUCUCUAUAGAACUUUUUUCAAAGGAAGCACCUAAAGCCUGCCGAAACUUUGUGCAGCUUUCAUUAGAGAGUUAUUUUGAUGAUACGAUUUUUCACAGAAUUGUUCACGGUUUCAUCAUACAAGGUGGUGAUCCAACUGGAAGUGGACAUGGUGGGGAAUCAAUAUAUGGGGGGCCAUUUGUUGAUGAGUUUCAUACAAGAUUACGUUUUGUACGGCGUGGGCUUGUCGCUAUGGCCAAUGCUGGAAGAAAUGAUAAUCGUAGUCAGUUCUUUAUUACUUUAGAUAGAGCCGAUGAAUUACAAAAUAAACAUACGAUUUUUGGGAGAGUGGUUGGCGAUACUAUAUUUAAUGUAUUGAAAAUAGGAGAACUUGAAAUUGAUGAAGAUGAGCGGCCACUCUAUCCACCUAAAAUAACCUCUACCGAAGUGGUUUGGAAUCCCUUUGAUGAUAUCAUUCCCCGAAUUACGGCUGCGGAAAAACUUGCCCAGAUGGAGACAGCUGCUACCACGAUUAUUCAAAAAGAACCUAAGAAAAAUAAGCUCAAAAAGAAUGUCGCGUUAUUAUCAUUUGGAGAUGAUGCAGGUGAAUUUGAAAAUGACCAGAAUUUAAAAAUAAAGAGUAGUCACGAUUUAGUGGAAAAUGAUCCAAGAUUGAGUAAAGAAGUUGCCGUCAAAGAGUUUGUAAUAAGGAAAAAUGAUUCAGAUGAAUCCGAAAAAAAGUCGAAAGAUGAACGAUUGAAAUUACAAGAAACGAAGGAAAAAAUACAUGAUAUUAGCAAGAAUAAGAAUGAUGAUGAAUCUGAUGAAUCUGAUGAAGAUGUUGCAGAAUUCGAUCGAAAAAUGAAAGAUAAUAUUAGACAACAGCAAGAGUCAAUGAGAUUAAAGAAAGAAAGCAAAACGAUCCAAUUACCUAAAAAAGAAGCUUUACGACAAGAAAUCGAACAAGUUAAGCAAGAUAUUAGAAAAUUAAAUCGACCACGUGAAUCAGAAGAGAAUGAACGUGCCAAAAAGAAAUCAAGAAAAUCUUUUAUACAACUUGAGAGACUAAGAUAUUUAUCAUCUGGUAAAGCAGUCCCCGCUAAAAGGAAGAAAGGGAAGGAAGUUGAUACGUUGGAAAAAUUAAAUGCUUUUCGAGCCAAAAUUGAGGUUGCUGUUCCAUCUGAGACUGAACCACCAGUAAAAACUGAUGAAGAUGCAGAACUUUGUAUUCUUCAUUCGGUACCUAAUUGUUUAUCUUGCCGAGAUACGUACGGGGAACCACAGCAAGAUGAAACGGAUGAAGGAUGGUUAGCACAUCGCCUUGUAUUUGAAAAGGAUCAUAAAGGCAAAGAUUUAAUGCAAAGAAGAGAUGAUCCGAAUGAUUAUAUAGUCAUCGAUCCAUUGGCUCGCAAAAAACAAGCAGUAGAAGAAGAAAGGGAAAAAAAGGCACAAAAAGGUGGAAUAAGUGAAGUGUUCAUAAAAGAUAGACGUAAAGAACGGGAAAGGCAUUCAGAUCAUCAUAGAGACAGUCAUCAUUAUUCAAAUAGAGAUCAAGAUAAAAGUCGAUAUAAGUCCAAGGAUUCUAAAGAUUCUAAGAAUUAUGAGAGUGAGAGAUAUUUAGACAAGGAGAGAGAUCGUGAUCGUAGAGAUAGGCGGCGUUAUUGA